AUGUGGAAGGAUAAGUUGCUGACCCAUAUCAACACUCAAGAUCGACUUUAUAAGCGCAAGCAGCUGGAAAAAGGACUGUCAGAAGUGCGCGUGCUGAUGGCGGACUUCCUGCAGGGUAGUAUAGAAAAGACACCAUCAAUUUCAGAUGCAAUAGGUGACAUGCAAGACCUACUCAAUCGGGUCAUCCCUAACUUCUUCUUCUCCACUCUGCCUGACCUAGUCUCGCAAAUGGCGCCAUGCGACGUGAUCAAAGUCCUUGAAAAGGACUAUGGACAAGGUGAUGCGGCGGGACUGAUCGAUCUGACGCGUGCUUGGCCGGAAUAA